AUGUAUACCCUCAAUUUGCGGUCACUUCCCACCGCCAUUGGGGCACUUUCAAUACUUCAAUGGCUUCAUCCUGUCGCUGCUGUACCUCCACCGCCAGACACCUUGUGGGGGAUAUCACCACCCCUCGACUAUAGCGAUGUUCUCUACGCAGGCUGGGACCCGAUUCCAGUUGAGAAGGAAAUUCAGAUAUAUAAUGGAGUAGCUGAGAAUCGCACUUAUGCUCACCACCCGGAGCUUUUUGCUGUCGGCUCAAACGUCUUUCUGAUUUACUCCUCUGCCCCUGUGGAUGAGGACAGCAUGGGCCAAGACGUCUGGAUUUCGACUUCAAAGGACAGCGGCCAGACUUGGAGCCCGGGUAAGAGCCUCAUGCCGGCCGCAUUACUUCCCAAUCAGACAGAGACAUACAAUUGGAAGUACUGGUGCGAUCGUGGUAUCGCUCAGCGCGCAUGGCAGGCUCUAUCUUUCGUGCACUUUGAAGACGGCGAGCUAUAUGCAAUUGGACAGUCUGGGAGCCGAUGGUGUCCGGGCCGGUGGAUGACGGCUGGUCGCAUUGCUGUCAGGAUAUCUCUCGAUGGAGAACCGCUUGAUGAUCCCUGCUGGUUGGAGAAGAACGAAUACACCAAAUCGCAACUGUAUGUGGAGACUGUUUACGGCACCAAAUACGGCAUGAAGAACUGCCCUCGAGCAUGUCAGAUCAAUGCCGUCUUGCGCAAGCCAGAUGAGGCACCUGCAUGGUCACCGUGGCUGUACAAUAAUGGACUCUACGCCGCUGACGGCAAGCAUCAGAUGGAGGAGCAGACUUUCGCCGUUUGGCACGAUGACAGUGACUCACCUACUGGAGGAUAUUGGCAACGUCACUGGCGGGACAUCACUACUGAAAAGGAUAACACGCACUCUGUUUGGGUUGAGUACAACGAAGAUGUAAACGGCGAAGGAUGGUACCCGAAGGUGAAGAAUCAGACCGGGAACAAGAUCUACCAGACCAAUAUUCGUGACGCCAAGACGAAACAAUUCCUUGGGCAGAUCGACGGCUCUGGCGACAGAUUUCUACUCUCGAAUCCUCGAUACAACGCCGCAGACCCUCAACGCCAGCCAUUGACACUUGCUGUCUCGCGAGGGAAGGAUCAGACGUAUAGAGCAAUUGGUGUCUUGCGUACCAAUGCGACAAAGGAGAUUGUGCCAGAUACCAGAGAUGGAAUCAAGAAUCGUGCGCAUGGAUUCAGCUAUCCAACUGCUGUGCAGGUGGGUGACAAGUUGCUUGUCGCCUACAGUGAGAAUAAGGAAAAUGUCUGGGUUAGUAUAGUUGAUAUCGCUGCGCUGCCAAAGGAGGGGGACGGUAAGCAGUAA